AUGGGGAACUUUCUGCCCAAGGAACCGCCGCCUCCGGUGGUGCUCGUCCCUCCGCUCUUUGAUUUCCCUCCUCUCUCCGCCCGUAACCGGAUGUUGGAGCCAUCAUACAAUCUACUGUUUGGGAAGCUUGCAUUGAAAUGUCUCUUUGAGGAUUACUUUGAAGAAGCGCGUCACUUCUCUGCAAAGUUCCUGUUGAAGCCUAUGGAUGACCCUCAUGUGGACUUGGUUGCAUCUGUUUCAGGCGCUCUAGACAGUGAAGCUAAAGGAGAUCUCGUGGGAGAUGCUCUCUUUCGUUGGCAAAGUGAUGUCGAUGAUCCUCAUACUUUUGUGGACCUCUCUGUGUCAACCUCAAACCCGGUUCUACUGAUGAGAUCUUCGGCUUACUACCCUAAAUAUGGGAUUGGAGCAUUUGCAAUCUACCCUUUGCUUUCAAAAAAGAAUGAAAAAUUAUCUGAAGAAUAUGGAAUCAUGGGAUUGAGAUAUGGCUCUACGAAUUUAUCUCUGGGAGCUACUGUCUCUCCUUUUACUACAAAAGACGAAUUGCCAAAGAGUGCAUGGUUGGUAAGCAAGAUGGGAAGGCUGACAGUAGGAGUGCAAUAUGAGCCGCUAUGUGAUAAAAGCAAAGACAGCGAGAAGUACACGGACCUAAGGAACUGGAGCUGUGCUGCUGGCUAUGGAGUAGGGUCCAGAAGCCCCUUAAGCCCUUCUUUCAACUUUGGCCUUGAACUAGCGAGGAGCUCUCAGUUUAUCGCUUCGUUCUACCAACAUGUAGUGGUCCAAAGACGGGUGAAAAAUCCUUUUGAGGAAAACGAAGUAGUUGGAAUCACAAACUACAUUGACUUGGGUUUUGAGUUACAAACGAGGGUCGAUGAAACCAAGACAUCAGAAAAUUUCAAAGAUUCAUCAUUGCAAAUGGCUGCAUCUUGGCAAGCCAAUAAGAACUUCUUGCUGAAGGGUAAAGUCGGAGCUCAAAGCUCAACAUUCUCAUUAGCAUUCAAGUCGUGGUGGAAACCGUCUUUCGCAUUCAAUAUUUCAGCAACUACUAAUCAUUCGACUAGGCAAACAGCAUAUGGGUUCGGUCUCCGUGUUGAUAACUUAAGAGAAGCGAGUUACCAAAGAGCUGAUCCAAACUUUGUAAUGCUGACACCGAACAAAGAGCAUCUCGCUGAAGGGAUCGUGUGGCAGAUGGGGAAAAGACCAAUGUUUCAAUCCGAUGUAGACGCUGGGAAUUUCACUGAACUGCCAAAAGAACUUAGACCGCCUCAGAAGAUUCUCUGA